AUGAGGCCAUCUGCAGUCCGUCUGCUCAACAUCCUUGUCCCUGUGAAGCGGACGGUCGACUAUGCAGUCAAGAUUCGGGUGAACCCCGACCAGAAGGGGGUCGACCUGAACGUCAAGCACUCCAUGAACCCAUUCGAUGAGAUUGCUGUCGAGGAGGCCGUCCGGUUACGCGAGAGGCUGAAGGACGAGGUCAAGUCCAUCAAGGUCGUCACCAUUGGCCCCACAAAGGCUGCCGAGACCCUCCGUACUGCGCUCGCCAUGGGCGCCGACUCCGGCAUUCACGUUGAGGUUCCCGACUCAGCACCCCCGCCCGAACCGCUCGGGAUCGCGAAGGCGCUGCGCGCCGUCAUCCAGCGCGAGAAGGAGGGCGUGGACUUGGUGAUCUUGGGCAAGCAGGCCAUCGACGACGACGCGAGUCAGACGGGUCAAAUGCUGGCGGGGCUUUUGGACUGGGCACAGGCGACGUUCGCGAGCAAGGUGGAUGUGGACCCGAAGGCGAAGACGGCAAACGUGACGAGGGAGAUUGAUGGCGGUUUGGAGGAGUUGAAGUGCCAGUUGCCUUUGGUUGUUACGACCGAUCUCCGGUAUCCACGUUAUGCGUCAUUACCCAAUAUCAUGAAGGCGAAGAAGAAGCCCAUUGAGAAGCUGACCCCGGCGGACCUCAAGAUCGACCUUACCCCCUUACUCGAGACGGUGAAGGUGACAGAACCGCCCAAGCGCAAGGGUGGAGGCAAGGUGGAGAGUGUGGACGAGCUGAUUGCGAAGCUCAAGGAGGCUGGUAUCACACCUGUGAACUCAUAG